AUGUCCGCCGGUUUAGAUGACUACACCAUACAUAUUGAGUAUGCAUAUGCCAGCCUCGGCAGCUACGCCACCGACGGGUGCGGAGAGUUCAGCCCCAACCUCUGCUGCGCCGCCUGUGGCUGCCACCGUAAAGUCAUUGAAGACAUCGAGAGACAACAGAAGCGGCAGAAGAAGCGGAUAAGGACGAAAUUCACGUCCGAGCAGAAGGAGAAGAUGAUGGGUUUUGCGGAGAAGAUUGGGUGGAAGCUGCAGAGAAAAUUAGAGGAAGAUGACGAGAUCGAGAGGUUCUGCAGAGGGGUUGGGAUCAGUCGUAAGGUUUUCAAGGUUUGGAUGCAUAAUCAUAAGAACCAACUCGUCUGCACAACUUCGGCUGCCGGUGGGAAUGCCUCCUCCGAUGUUACGGAUCACUAG